ACACCUCAAAGUGUCACCCGGGCUUUUCCAGCUGCGGUCCAGCAGCGGUACAGGCAGGGGCGCCAUAAACGAGAGCAGGACAAUAGCAGACAAAAGCCUCCCCGUGCAGGAAGGAGGCCGGCCAGCUCUUUACUGUCAGGACUCCGCGGAGCUUUCUUCUUCUUUUUGUUUUUUUUUGGGAGGGGAAGAAGCUGUGAGUUUGUGCCUCCCUCCUCCUCCUCUCCGCCUUAACCGGCGCGGAGGCUCUCACCGACCCGCACUAAGCAGCACCGACUGCCGCCAGGCACCCACCCGCCUUUGGGAUGAGCCUCACACGGAGCCCCGCUCAUCGGAGCGCCGCGCGCGCGCUGCAGCUGGUGCUGCUGUCCGCGUGCUUCCAGGUUUCUCCAGCUUCAGGACACUUUGAGCUUCGGAUUUUGUCAGUGCAGAACAAAAACGGGCAGCUGCAAAACGGGGCCUGCUGCGACGGAUCCUCUUCUGUGCUGAACGGCCGCUGCACCGGCGGCCAGUGUGACACCUACUUUCGUGUCUGCUUGAAGGAGUACCAGCUGAAGGUUUCCCCGGUGGGGCCGUGCAGCUUUGGGACGGCGUCCACUCCUGUGCUGGGAGGGAAUAUCUUUUCUUUUGUAAAUUUCAAGAACAGCAAAGCCAGGAUUUUGUUGCCGUUCAGCUUUGCGUGGCCGAGAUCAUACACAUUGAUCUUAGAGGCUUUGGACUUCAACAACGACUCCUUGUCUGGCAGUGUUGGUGGGGCGCUGAUCGAAAAGGCCAUCCACUCUGGCAUGAUCACCCCAAGUCCACAGUGGCAGAAGCUGGAGCACAACGGCCCCGUAGCCCAGUUCCACUUCCAGGUUCGCCUCCGAUGUGACGAGCAUUACUUUGGCUUCGGCUGCAACAAGUUCUGCCGGCCACGGGACGACUUCUUUGGCCACCACAUGUGUGACCACAACGGCAACAAGACGUGCCUGGAGGGCUGGUCAGGACCGAACUGUAAUGCUGCCAUCUGCAAACAGGGCUGCAGUACAGAACACGGUUUCUGCAAAGUCCCCGGAGAAUGCAAGUGUCUGUAUGGCUGGCAGGGGCAACACUGUGACCAAUGUAUCCCUCAUCCUGGCUGCGUCAAUGGCAGCUGUGUGGAGCCCUGGCAGUGUCUCUGUGACACCAACUAUGGAGGACAGCUGUGCGACAAAGACCUGAACACGUGUGGAACGCGGCAGCCAUGUUUGAACGGAGGAACCUGCAGCAACACGGGACCUGACAAAUACCACUGCUCCUGCCCCAAGGGCUUUUCUGGGGUCAACUGUCAGAUAGCGGAACACGCCUGUCUGUCCGGCCCCUGUUUGAACGGAGGAAGCUGCACUGAAAACAGUCGGGGGUUCGAAUGCCUCUGUGCCCCCGGAUGGACCGGACCACUCUGCUCCAUCAAUGUGGACGAGUGCCUGGAGAACCCCUGCAGUCAUGGAGGAACCUGCCAGGACCUGGUCAGUGGCUUCAGGUGCAUCUGCCCCCCUCAGUGGACCGGAAAAACCUGCCUCAUUGAUGCCAAUGAGUGUGAUGACAACCCCUGUGUCAACGCCAAAUCAUGCCGAAAUCUGAUUGGAGGGUACUUCUGCCAGUGUCUUCCCGGUUGGAGAGGCCAGAGCUGCAGCAUCAAUAUCAAUGACUGCCAUGGUCAGUGCCAGAAUGGAGCCACAUGCAAGGAUUUGGUGAACGGUUACAAAUGUGAGUGCGCUCCUGGUUUUGGAGGGGAGCACUGUGAGAGGGAUUUGGACGACUGCGCCAGCGGGCCGUGCCUUAACGGCGGCAGCUGCCAUGACAGAGUCAAUGAUUUUCACUGCCUCUGUCCGCCUGGUUUCUCCGGACGGCGCUGUCAGCUGGAUAUCGAUUUCUGCCUGGACAGCCCGUGUCUGAAUGGGGGUCAGUGUUUCAACUCUGUGGACGAUUACAUCUGUGAAUGUCCCGAAGACUACGAGGGCAAGAACUGCUCGCGCCUGAGGGACCACUGCCUCACAGCGUCCUGCAAAGUGAUUGACAGCUGCACGGUGGCGGUGGCGUCAAACAGCACGCCGUCUGGAGUACGUUUGAUCACCUCCAGCGUGUGCCGCCCUCACGGCCAGUGUCAAAGCCACGCCAAUGGACAGUUUAGCUGCAGGUGUGAAGAAGGCUUUUCUGGGACCUAUUGCCAUGAGAACAUAAACGACUGUGAGAUCGCCCCCUGUCUGAACGGAGGAACAUGUAUAGACGAAGUCAGUCGAUAUCGGUGCAUCUGUCCCAAAGGCUGGGAGGGACCCACCUGUGAGAACAACAUCGAUGACUGCAGCUCCGCCCCCUGUCAGAACCGCGGCGUCUGUCAAGACCUCACCAACGACUUCUACUGCAAAUGCGGCGACGGCUGGAAGGGAAAGACCUGCAGCUCAAGAGAGAGUCAGUGCGACGAUGUGACCUGCAACAACGGAGGAACCUGCUAUGAUGAAGGUGAUGCCUUCAAGUGUUUAUGCCCAGCAGGCUGGGAGGGGUCCACCUGCAACAUUGCGAAGAACAGCAGCUGUCUGCCAAACCCCUGUGAGAACGGAGGGACCUGUGUGGUUGAUGGAGACUCUUUCCGCUGCAUCUGCAGGGAGGGAUUGGAGGGCCCCACCUGCACCCAGAAUGCAAAUGAUUGCCAACCUCAUCCCUGUUACAACAGCGGGACCUGUGUUGAUGGGGACAACUGGUACCGAUGUGAAUGCGCUCCUGGGUUUGCUGGCCCAGACUGCAGAAUCAACAUCAAUGAGUGCCAGUCCUCCCCCUGUGCCUUUGGUUCGACCUGCGUGGAUGAAAUCGACGGUUACCGCUGUGUCUGUCCUGCUGGAAGGACCGGCCCCCUCUGCCAGGAAGCGGCAGACAGGCCCUGUGUGCACGGCGGCGUGAAAGCUUUGCAUGGAAGCAGAUGGAACGAGGACUGCAACAGCUGCCGCUGUCUGAACGGGAGAGUCACCUGCACAAAGCUUUGGUGUGGACCAAAACCCUGCAGCCUGCACAGUCAGAACCUCGCCGCAGACUGUCCGGCUGGUCAGUCUUGCAUUGCCGUUCGGGAUGAACAUUGUUUCGUGAAGCCCUGCGUCGGCCAAGGACAGUGCUGGGGCCACACCCACCGAGCCACACCCCCAUCCGGGUGCCACUCGGAGAGCAGCUGCGCCAACGUGACCUUCACCUUCAACAAGGACAUCAUGGCAAAGGGCGUGACGGUGGAGCAGGUCUGUCAUGAACUCAGAAGCCUCUACGCCAUCAAGAACCUGUCCUCUGAUUCUUCUGUCUCUGUGGCCUGUGAGCCGUCGCUGAGAGCCAACAACGAGAUCCAGGUCACCAUCAUAACAGACGACCAGAGGAGAGGUCUAACCUUGAUUAAGGAGGUCACAGACCGGGUCACGGAUGUGGUCAGCAAACGGAGCACAAACAGCACCAUCCUCCAGGCCAUCACAGAGGUCCGCAUCCAGAGACGGCCGAGCCAGGACCCCAGCGGUUACCUCAUGCCUCUGCUGGUUUCCAUGGUGAUUCUAGUCUGGGCUUUGGCCGUGGGCUCCGUGUUGCUGUGGUGCCUGAAACGCAGGAAGCCCGGCGGCCACACGGGCGUCAUCACCCAGGCCCCCUCGCCUUCAGGGCCUGCUGCAGAGGACAACAACGCCCUCCACAACAGCGUCAGCGCGGCCCGGGAGCAGCUCAACCACAUCAAGAACCCCAUUGAAAAGAAGCCCCCGAACCACCACCACCACCACCACCUGCUUCACCACCAUCUCUGUGAGGACAAGAACUCGGUCAAUUUCAAAACCUGUAAAUUCGAGUCCUCUGGGAGCCAGUCGGACGAAGACGAGGUGGAGAAGAAGCUGCAGAAGAGGAGGUUCCCCCUGGCGCCACCGGCGUAUUCUCCUCGCCACGUGAGGAGCAAACCUCCACACUGGACUAACAAGCAGGACAACAGGCAGCUGCAGUCACAGAGCGUCAACAGGGCGGAGUUAGUCGCAUAACCAACCGGGUUCCGUCAUCCAGGAGGAAGCAAAGACUUUCUAAAGCCUUAAGGACAUUUUUGGUACUUUUUCCUUUUUUUUUUUUUACUCUCCUUUGUACAGAAUUCUGUCCAAGAUGGAUCUCCGCUGUUUAAUUUAUGUUGGAGCGACGCUGUUGUCAGUUCUGGCUCCACAGUUUGUGGAUUAUUUGAGUUUGGUCAGUUUAUGAUCAGUGAGUCAGUGUUUGGUUUGACUGAGAUGUGCAGGAGAGUCAUUUCUGCCGGUAUGAAGAGCUGUCCACGAGGAAUGUGUUUGUCUAAAAGUGUACAUAGUUUUCUUAUAUUUAGCUGUAUAUUUGUUUUGUUAAUUUAAUUGCCAGGAAAAAUAUUUGUUUUAUUUAUGAGAUUCGUUCGACUCCCUGGAAAGAGUCGAUUUUGAUACCUUUUUUUUUUUAAUUAUCUGCACCACAAGUGUUCUUGAGAGAGUAGUUCUGUUUUAGUAGUGUUUGGUCUUUUCGGUGCCUCGUCUCAUAAUUUGUUGGUUCUGAAGAACUCUUAUGUAAAAGAAUAAGGAAAAGCGCCGAGCGGUUUGGGUCAUUUCACGUCUUUCUCUGUUCAUCUUUGACCGUUGAGGCUUGUAAACACUUAGUUUAGUUUCAACUUCUUUUGAUUGAUUGACUAAAUCUCCCUAAAACCAGACCUUCACAAAGAAACAUCUGGAGUUUGAGCUUCGUCCCAAAGCUUUAGAAAGCGCGCCAGCAAACAGCAGUAAUGUUAGCUCUGAGAGCUGGAAAGACGUGUUUUUUUUUAUUGUUCGAUGAGAUGGCCUCGCACGACAUUUUGGAUGAUUUUAAUGAUCCUUUCCUGGCUGUCUGAUCGUUGAUGUCCUUUUCUGACCUACAGAAAAAGGAUGGCCAUCAUUUAGCAAUAAAUACUGUGAGUUUGAGUAUUUGUUUGUAAAGAUGGCUGUCCUCUGUGAUGACAGGAAGUGAGCAAAUGUUUCACUCCUGGUUUUAGUGAGUCAUUUCUUUGGGAUUGUUGCACUUGUCUUCAUGGACAUAUUUUAUUCUCUCUGCACAGGAGAGUCUUUUCUCUUGCAGCAUCAACUUUUCCUCUACAUGGAUCAAUAAUCUGAGAACACCGGUGAAAGAGGAAAACAAGUUUGUUCCACACAACCAAACCAUGAAUUUCUGUACUGUUUUAUCUCUGUUAUGGAUUUACUGUUUGUUUGUUUGUUUUUUGUUGUUUUUACCCAAAACAAAUAUCUCAAGGGAUGUAACGGUUUCAUGUUUGUAUAGUGUAAACAUGCGUGAAAAAGGCCUUUUCCAUGUGCAAAAGUACUUGAAGAAAGUUCUGUAUGAACACUGCAGAGCUGAAUGUUGACUGGAGGACAAACGCCGUUGAAUCGUCUCUAAACCGCCUUUAAAUUGAUGAUGUUGCGCCUUUUUCCAAUCUGAGUUUUUGGACCUUGAGUAAUAAAAAGUAAUAAAAGUCUGA